AUGGUGGCAGCCGUGAGGUUGGCCGAGAGCGGGUUGGCCGCCAUGGCGGUGAGGAACAUUGCCUACGAGACAACGGAGGUCUGGAAGCAGGUGAGCAUGAGCCAGGCCCCGAGCUUCUGCUCCGUGCUGUCGCCGGCGCGCGAGCCGCAUGCCUCGCAGAGCAACUUGACGAGCGGCAGGAAGGUGCCGCCCGUGCGCGCCGAGACGUAG